AGAAUUGUACCAACGGUACCGCGCGGGCCAACAGCAGGGGCACCCCUACCCCCGUCAGUUUAGCACGUUCAAGUCGCCGCCGGGGACGGGUCUCGGGGACGACCCGAUGACCCUGGGCGUGGCGGGCCUUAGGCUGGGACAUCGCGAGACGGCUCGGGACCGGGGCCGGGGCGACCUUGGCUCGGCGACGUCGCGCGUCUCCUACCAGCCCGCGGGCCAGCCCCGCGACGGGAGCCCCGACGCGGAGCCAAGGCGCCUCGACGAGCGGAGCUAUUUUUUUCAUGGGCAUAAGACUAAGAAAAACGUAGAUCGCGAGGUCGUGGUGUUUGGGGCCCUUGGGCCGGAGACGGUCCGAAGGAGGGAGGAGGCAACCGGCGGGAUGAGCUGCUUCGGGCUCCCGGCUAGGGAGGAGCGCCAGGACGAUGGCAAGGCGCAGGCCUACGGGCCGAGGCCCGACUCGGAGAGCGUCCAGUUCCUGGAGAAGGAGGGCGAGAUCUUCAAGAAGAGCAGCGUCGAGCUGCUCCAGGAGGCCUCCGCCGGCAGAGCGCGGAGGAAGGACAAGGUCCACCGAAGCAUGGAGUCCCUGGAGAGGAGUGCCGACUUUCCGGGGGCCGACGCCAAGAGCCUGGACCUUCUGGCGCGGGAACCGAGGAGGCCCUUCUUUCACGGGAAGCAGCGGAGUCUGGACUCGUCGAAGAAGUCGGCCGACUCGACGGGAAAGUCCCGGAAGCGCGCGGGCUUCUUCCAGCGGGUCGGCAGGAGUCUGCACUUCCUGCCGCGCGAGCGCGACAGAUCGCAAGAGCUGCUGGGCCCGGAGGAGAGGUCGACCGACCUUCCCAGGAGCGGCCAGGACAAGUGCGAGUAUUUUUUACGCCGACACAGGAAGGAUCCGAAUUUUUUUGAGCACGCUCCCGACCUCGGGCCCGGGCCGGGCGAGCCGAGUCCCCGGGAGGACCUCGAAACGGAGACGAGAGGAGACGACUCCCGGGGCCGGCGGCCCCUUUCGAGGUCCGACGGGGACAACGAGGUCGACGGAGUCGCGAGUCGGGGCCGCAGUCCCUGCACGGCCGACGAGGAGACGGUGCCGUUCCCCGAGUCCCCGACCGGCCCCGCCCCUGCCAGCGUCGCCACCCAGGAGACCAUCAGCGCAGGCAACAAGGACAGCCUGGAGAUCGGGUACUCGAUCAGCCAGCUGGGCAGAUUCUACCUCCGGAGUCUGCAGACUCUGAACCACGGCGAGGGCCGCGGCUCCGCGGACGCGGAGCCCGAGAAGCGCGACCGCUACCUGGACUGGAUCGCCAAGGCCGAUCUGGACGCCGCCAGUACCGGAACGAACUCCAGCGACCCCCUUGGCCGUGCCAAGCCCCAGGGCAACCUCGACAUCCUCAAAGGAAUCCUCCUGGAUCUCUUCGUCUGCAUCUGCAUUUAACACCCGCUCCUCGAUACCGGGAUCCCGACUCACCCGAGGACUCCCGCGUUCGAUUCUCGAGAGGGAAUCACCACUGCCAGCCUGCACCACGUACCGAGCGAUCUCGAGGUCGACCUCCAGCAGACCGUUUUGCGAUGUCCACGUAGGCUCUAGCCCGGCACUUUUCGCGCGGUCUUGCUCCUGCGGAGAAUCGUUACAGCGCUCGAUUUGCGACGACAAGGAAGAGCGAGAGCGUCUCGACGAUCCGUCAAACGGUCCAAGGGGGUCGGUGUAGGAUUUCUUUUUUUUUUUUAUUCCUUUCCGUUCGAGGGAAAUCGAGCCGCGUGGGACCUUUCGGGCUCGCGUCGGACAUCGGAGAGACGAUCGCGACCCGACCAAAGUCGACAAAGUACCUCACGCCUAGUCUCCGGGAGAAGAGUUCGUCGGGAACGAGAGAGAAAGCGACCCAAUCGUUACGAUUAGUAUUUUAUUUUGCCCCCCCCCCCCCGUCCCCCCUUUUUUUAAUACGUAGACCCUAGGACGACGCGUCGCGCGUCACAUGCCAAACCAUUUUAAUGUAGGUAACGUUCGCGUUUAAGGAAACGAUCCGUGUACGUACGCACGUCCGACGACGACGACGGUCCGAUCGAUGCCCCCUUUGCCCGAAUCGGGCGGGACCCCCUCGAAGGAGCGACUCGUCGUUGGACGCUUCCUUACAUGACAUUCUUGAUCUCCAGACUGACGGAAAGUUAUAGACUGACUUCGUAGGUAUAGGUAACGCCAAUCUCACGGCCACGAGGCCACAGGGGGUGGUCCCGGACGCGGGGGACGUUGGGAGGAAUUUCUCGUCCAGAGGAAGGAGCGCCGAGUCUCCUAGAUACUGCCAAAGCUUAGAUUCCUAGAGGGUACCGGCGAGGGGUCGAGCGGGGAGAGCCGCCGUUCGUUCGGUCCUCUUUCGCGGAUUUCCUUCGCAAUCUCGAUACAUACAUAUAUAUAUUUUUCUACCUAGAGACUCGGGCGUCCACCUCCUUCCUCCCCGGCGUUCUCGUCGGUAGGCGUUAAGCGUUCGUUUUUCUCCACCUCUCGCCUCGUUUUAAUUUUCCUCCAACCGUCUUCGUAUCACCUAUUGUAAUCAGCCUGUUUUUUAUUAUGAGAAGAAAGUAGAAAUAAACGUUUUUCCAUUCAA